AUGUUCAGUAACGGACUAAUUGUUUUGACGACUGUUCUCGGUGUGUCGAUCUGCGUGAUCGUCGGUGUCAUCGCAUUCCGUUAUAUCACAGUUGACCUGGGCAUCUUGACGGUGAAGAGCUCGCAGGUUGUUGCUUUAGGAGUUGGGAGCCCUCUAGCCGGUUCAUCACUGGUGUACCGGUUAAGUAACAGAGUAGGAUAG